AUGAAGACUCUGCAAGACUGCAAGACUUGUUCCCUGCGCCGCAUUCGCUGCGACCAUACUACCCCGCAUUGUCUGAAGUGCACGGGACGAGGACUGUCCUGUCCUGGAUACAAACGCCAGAUCCGAUGGGUCAACUCGAUUGCGAGCCGUGGCAAGUUCAAGGGACUCCCAGCACCCACUCUUGAACCAGCCACUCUUCCGUCUCCAGAAGCUGUCCCUAGCACAGUCCAAUCUCGCCAUGACAAACUCGAUGAGCCAUCCCAAGAAGCGGUAGAUCAGUUGAUAGAAUAUUUUACUCUGGAGCUCGCCCCGAAGAACGUAUGGGUGCACUCACCAGAGAAUGGGUACACGCGCCUCGUCGUUCGUCUGGCGCAUACACAGCCUGCCCUGCGGUAUGCUAUCAUCGGGCUAUCAGCUGCUCACCAAAGCUAUGCGUCGGCCAGCACAACAAGCGGUUUCUCGCAAAAGGCCCAUCUCAAGGCCAUCACAUUGAUCACUGACCAAAUCCGAACCUUGACUAGCAUGGGAAACCAAACACUACCCACAGGGCACCGAGAAGCCACAGAUGCAGUGCUUGCGGCUACCCUCGUGGUGUGCAAUCACUCUCUCCUGGACUGCAGCACGGCUGAUGCAGUUUUCCACUUGAGAGCUACGAGAACUCUGAUAAAGUCUCACUUGACCAAAGGAACUACUGAUAAUGAACUCUUCACCUUUAUCGCGAACCAAGUCGCAAGUCUUGACAUAAUGGCAUGUACUACCCUUUUUGAUCCCGAUCUUGUCCGAGAUGUCGUUAUGCCCAGGAUCACCGCUGUCUCGACAUCGUCAAAUAGCGAAGGAACUCCUGGUAGUGACCCUGAGUUUCUCGAGGAGCUCGAAGACGAACUUGAACUCGCCAGAGCAGCUACAUAUAUGGCAGUUGGACGGACAUUGAAGCCUUCCAGAGACGCUCAUCUCUCGGACACAACUCUUCUUAUCGAGGCCUUUCACCAAGCGGGGCUGAUAUAUGCUUGCAGACGACUUGGGGUUGGAAGCAUUGGGGGCUUUGAAGAAGUUCACCGGUCUAAAUUAUUCAGGCUACUCGAAAAGGCUAUCACUAGAGGAAGCUAUCUACCAGGUCUAUCAUGGCCUAUCUUGAUGGCUGGGAUUUCUUGUCAUGGAUACCAUGAUAGGAUUCAACUUGUCCGUCAACUGUGUCACGAUCUGGUCAGGAGCUCUCCUUUCCAGUACUACUCUAAUAUUCUGCGCUUUCUCGAGGAGUUUUGGGAAAGUUCAGAUGAUGAUUGGAUUCUUGUGGCUCGAGCGUGGGAGAAUAGAGGUGAGCCUCUAUUAGCAAUGUGA